CGAAUUGUGCAUUUGAGCAACGGAUUAAACGUAUCCCUUUUCCUAGGAUCCGCCGAUUUUCGAUGGUUGUCAGUAAUACGUAUUUGCCAUGCGUGAAAAAGAAUUACAGAGUUAGAGCUAAUCGAUCCGUGGUUAGUCGAACAGUACGCGAACAGGCAAUUUAGGUGGUUCCUGUAACGAGACAUAAUUGGUAAUUCCAAUUUGCCGUUGAAGCAACGCGCACGAUCCCUGUUGUAUUUGCCCGAUGGAUAACGCAAACCGUUAUCGAAAAUCACCUAGCGUAGCGUUAUCAUGACGAAUAGUCUGCGUAUCGUAGCCUGUUGAGAUUGUUGAAAUCGAGUCGUGCUCGUUUCUCUUUUUUUUAUCGUUGUCAUUGUACGUGGCCGACACGACCGAUUCAAAUCGUAGUGAUUAUUGAAUCGUUAAAUACUAAUCAAAACGAGUCCUUGAAAUUAGUAAGUACAUACGACGUUUGAGAGAUAGAACAUUGUAUAAAUUGACCGAAGACUGUUAAUCAGAUUAUACAAUGCGUUUGGUUAUUUGCUCGUGGUUAAAUAUUUGACUUAAACAACGUCAGAUAAAAACAUACAGGCUUUAGUGUCGGUAAGUUUAAACUACCGACUUGUCGAGAUCUAAAAAUGUUUCGUUUUCUUCGCAACGGUCCGACGAUUUAACAUUGUUGAUUUUAGACGGUACCGUUGUGUUUUCCCUUCUGUCAGUCUCUUUAAAUACGUAAAAAUGCGCGGUUCGGAGUUGGCGCGAAUUCAAUCGAGCGCGUUCAGCCAGUUACGAACGUGGGACGCGCGAAUCGAACGUGUUUUUUUCACGUUCGAAGAAAUUGGAAUGUCGGUUAAUAACGUCGACUAUUCUACGAGUGAUCACCGUUGAAACGGAGAAAGUACCGCGCAUUGAGCGCAGCGCGAAACAACGGGUUGGUACAUCGUCUCCGACGUUGAUUGGAUCACCGGCAAAUGUCGCCGGGUAAAUUAAUCGUUCCCUGGCACGAAUUCCUCGGCGAAGUGAGGAUAUCAAUUUGUAUACGAGCCAUAUUUUAUCCGGAACGCGACAGUGUCGGCAACGUUUUAACCACGGAAUCGACUAUUUCAGUUCUCGACUAUUCCUCACCCAACUAAUUACACUUAAAUCUGCCGGAACGAUUUGAUUCAUAGGCAACAAUUUUUCCGAGCGAGUCGUCUAAUUUCAUCGCACUAGUUUCUAGAAAAAUACUAAACGGUUAAUGGGGUUCAGUAAAGACAAUGAGAAAUAAUACUGGGAUUACACUGGUGUCGAAAGCUUGGCAAACGAUGGUAGCACGCCGCGAGUUGUCAUAGCAGCGAGUUCGAAAAGCAAAUCGCGUCCCGAUUUGUCGCUUUAUAAAAGGACCAAAGGGAGAUCCGUCGGGAGCGCCUAAGGAAGAGAUACACGGGGAAACAAAAAGGGCAUUAUUCGAUGCGAGAUGCGAGAGCGAGGCGAAUCGAGGAUAGUCGCGUGCAACAGAUUUCGGUAAAGGACGGCGACAACGAGGAAAGACGAAGCGCGAAACUUUUAUAAAGAGGAACGGUCGAAAUCGUUAGAAUUCGUUGACAGAGUGAAAGAGUUGGGGAAGAAGGGGGAGGAAGAAAGAUAGGAAGAAGAAAGCGUGGAAAGGGGAGGCAGAUGUAUCAAAGAUAAGAGAAUGCAGCGCGGCGAGUAGAAAGCUUGAGAGAAGAAGAAGAAGAAGAGGGACCGCGUAUACUGGUGGCCCGGGUGAAGGAGAACGGCAACGAAGACAAGGCGUCGUGGUGGCUGGUGAACGAGUUGCGUCCGCGUUAAGGGGAAGAAAGGGAAUAAGAGGGGUGAUCGCGGAGAAAGGGUGGACAUAUCCCGGGGUCAUCGCGAAUAUCAGUGUGGAGGGUAGCCGCGAGACGAUAAGUGAUGUGUUCGAUGGACGUGGCGCGUCUCGCGGGCGGUGGUCGGGGUAAAACGGACGACGCGUGUCGCGCGCGGUGGAAUUGCGUGGAAUCGGUGAGAACAGGCGGGCAGUCGGUGAUCAGGCUGGCGGGCGCCGGGGAAACGUUUCAAAGGGCAUGGCGACCACGCCACUAGGCGGUCGCCUCCCUAACGUAAACCGCAAAGGACCAUCUCCGUUCGUCGGUGGUGGUGGUGGCAAUCACGGUAACAACGGGAACAGUAACAGCGGCGGUGGAAACGUAAUAGGCAACGGUAACAACGACGGCGGAAGCAACGGUAGCGGACACCCCGUAAAGAACAGUCAUCACGGUAACAACAACAACAACAAUAACAACAACAGUAACAAGAACAGCAACCACCUCGGUCGUCGUAGUAGCGACAGUGGCAACAGUGACGCGGAGAACCACCAGAAAACCGGUGGCGCGAUCGAGUGCGGUAAGAACAACACCGGCGUUGGUGGUAGCGACCACGGGAACAACCACGGGAACCACAACGGUGGUAACGGGACUGGUAGCAGCGGGAGCACGGCCGGCGGUGGAAAACACAACGGUGGACAAAUCGUCGGUGGUAUCGUCGGCGGAGGAGGAGGAGGAGGAGGCGGUGGUGGUAGUAGUAGUAGUAGUAGUCACUCGUCAAAGAAGCAGGAACGCGGGCUAACGGGAAAGGAGCACCGUGAUCAUCGGCAUCAUCACCAUCACCACCACCAUCAUCAUCACCAUCACCAUUCACACCAGCACCGCGAUCAGGGUCGUGAGAGAUCGUCGCCGCCGUCGUCGUCGUCGUCGUCGUCGGGACAACAGCGCGAGCCUAAAGCAAGCACGGUGGCUGCAAACACCGAUGAACUGGACCCGGCCGCGACUAAUGCGACCAACAACUUCGAGUACGACGACAACGAAUGGGACAUCGGAAUAGGGGAUUUGAUAAUCGACCUUGAUGCGGACAUUGAGAAGACGAGGGACGAGAAAUUGAGCUCAGGGACAGGCAUGGCUUCUACGCCUGCCUCGGCAGCAUCGGCAUCGAAUAACACGAAUCAUCAUCACCAUCAUCAUCACCACCAGCUGCAGAAUUCCGCGAACGGUUUGAACUCGGCGAACUUGGCCGUAGCCACGACAAGCCCGAACGGUUGCAGCCAGUCGUCCUCCUCGUCGUCGUCCUCCUCGUCAUCGUCUUCUUCUUCUUCUUCUGUCUCUUCUUCCUCGUGCUCGUCCUCGUCGACAUUGUCGUCAUCCGGCUUGUCCUCCGCCUCGUCUUCUUGCGGAUUGAACUCGUCCGGACGGUCGAACAGUCCUGGUAACGGCAACGGGAGUGUGGGCAACACCGGUAGCAACGGUAGCACCGGAAACGCGAACGGUUCCUCGUCGAUCGUUACGGGAACCUCUAAUAAACAAAGUAACGCCGUGGUGAGUAGCGUGAACGCCGCGCACGGUAAUCCCGGCAAUCCCGGCAAAAUGGCCGUUGAACACUCGGCCACCGUCGACAAAGGCCUGAAAAUGAAGAUUAAGCGUACGAAGCCUGGCACCAAGAGCAGCGAGGCAAAACACGAGAUCGUCAAGUCGAACGAAAUCAACGGAACCAUAUCGUCGCAGGAGACCGGAAACGGUGGUAGUGGUUCGGUGACUUCGGGCGGCUCGUCCGGCGCCUCGGGUAGCUCCGGUUCCUCUUCGUCGAUCGGCUCGACCGGAGUCAGUCAGAACGCUCAAAAUUCGGACUGCAACACUACCGGAACCGGUGGGACCGGUGCCGGCGCCAGUGGAGGUGUCGGUGGCAGUGGUGGUGGUGGUGGCAGCGGCGGAAAUGGUGCGGGCGGUGGCAACGGCGGCGGCGUCGGUAGCGGCGGUGCCGUCGGUUGCGGCGUCGGCGGAACUGGUGGCGUCGCCGGUUCCGGUGCCGGCGGCGGUGGUGCCGGUGGUGGUGUUGGAAGUGGUGUUGGUGGUCAAUCGUCGUCUUCGAGCAAAUCGAAACCGAGCCACUCGACCGGUUCGACCGGCGGUACCGGGAGCACGACCUCCUCGACCGCCGGUUCGAAGAGGGGCUCGAGUGGGCAUCGCAGGGAUAAAACAAGGGACAAGCAUGAGAAGCCGCAGAGUAACCACGCGGUUAAUCAGCAAAGUAAAUCGGAGAUGAACGGCACCGGGAGGCCCAGCAGCGGAAACAGUAUGGGGUCCAGUGGGAGCAGUGGCGGUGGUAGCAAUAGUGGCGGUCAAAGUCAAACUUCUAGCGGACCGGGACCGGGACCUGGACCGGGUAUAGGGGUUGGGGUUGGGUCUGGAGCCGGGGCCGGAGCGGCCACGCAAUCUCAAGGUCCGCCGGCUGCGGCGACGGCCCCUCAACAGAAUCAGGGACCGCCGCCUAGUUCGCGGACUGGGUUCUCGGUAUCCCAGGGACCUGGUCCACCGUCUAGCUCGGCUACAGCCCCGUGUCCACCCCCGAGUCCGGCUAGCGCGACUGCUGCCGGACCGGCCGCCAAACCCGAGCAAACCAAACUAGCAUCGGUGACUGGUAUCGGUGCACCGAUCACCGCAACGGCCGACGAUUCCAUGGACUCCGCGGCCAGUCCUCCGCCUGCCAAGAAAAUGAAGACUUCCUCCUCCGAACCAAAGGACAUGUCCGACGUUUGCGUCGGGACUAGCGUGGGAACCAUCACCGAGCCAGAAUGUUUGGGACCUUGCGAGCCCGGGACGUCGGUGACUCUCGAGGGCAUCGUUUGGCACGAAACCGAAGGAGGUGUGCUGGUGGUGAACGUAACGUGGCGAGGAAAAACGUACGUCGGUACUCUAUUAGACUGCACUCGUCACGACUGGGCGCCACCGAGGUUUUGCGAUUCCCCGACCAGCGAUCUCGACGCCAGGACGCCGAAGGGACGUGGCAAGCGAGGAAGGGCGGCGGCGAACGCGACCCCGGGCAAUGAUCUGAGCAAUUUCACGGAAACAAGGAGUUCGGUGCAUAGUAAAUUACGUAACGGUGGUGCAAAGGGACGACGCGGUGCACAAGGCUCGCCCGCAGCGAGUCCGAGUCCUGCCGCGUUUGUUCCACCUCGACCGGAUCCAGCGGCGAAGCGAAAAUCUCGGGGGCCGGAAGAGGAGGACAAGAACAAGAGAAGAGCUCCGCCGCCGACUCCGCCGAGCGGCUCGCCACCAGCGAGUCCUGUAUUACUUGAAUGCCCAGAACCGAACUGUAACAAAAAGUACAAACACAUAAACGGGCUUAAGUAUCACCAGAGUCACGCGCACGGAUCGGCGGACGACGAUGAUACGAAGGAGGGUAUUACAAGCAUGUCCGAGAACGACGAGAGUAAUAUUGAAGUCCCGAGUCCUGCGACGCCGGUUAAAUCGCCGGCAGACAAACCCGAAGGAACGCCGCUCAGGCCGGCUAGUCCUCCCGCGCCCGGUUUACCGCCGGAAACACCUCCACCACCGCCGCGUGUCGCCUCACCAAGCAUAGAACCUCCCGCGCCCAUUAUUGCCGUAGACAACAAAAAUAUCGUGAAGCCGGGCGUGCUGAGAUUCGGUCAGGAUGAUUUACCGGCGCCGCCGCCGACGAUACCGACCUCCGCGAGGCAGCAAUCCACGCAGCAGCAACAGCAACAGCAACAGUCGAAUUCAUCGAGUCAAUUAAGUGGCUCGAAUUCGCCGCAAAGCCCUAGUCCUCGAGCGAGCCAAUCGCCGAGGUCCGUACCGUCGCCGCAUCCUGGCGCGACCAUCCCGGCGCCGUUGAAUAUCCCUCAACCGCCUCAACCGUCCCAGAUGUCGCAGCACCAACAGAACUCUCUCCUGCAGCAGAGUCAGCAGGCGUUACAGGCCGGUCAACCGGCGCCGCCGCCUCCGCCGCAGCUUCAGUCAAGCCAGCAGAUGCAGUCGUCUGUGCAGCAACAGCAGCAGCAACAAUUGCCGGCGGCGCAUCAAAUGUCUGUACAGCAUCCGCUGUCGGCACAGCUCGGCCAGCCGACGCAAGCACACGUGGUGCAACAAGGUGGAAUGCAGCAGCAACAGCAACAGUCGCAGCCUAGCGCGUUACAAGGUAUCGCUAGUCAACAUCCCACUCUUCAAGGAUUGGCUAGCCAGGUGUCGCAGCAAGCGACGAGUAUGGGUCAAGCAGCGCCUCCCUCGCAGGGUCAUCCUGGCCAAGUACAGACGCAUUUACAAUCGCCGUAUCAGAGCGUAUCGUUACACGCGAAGAUGCCACAAUUCAAGGUUAAACCAACCGCGGCGCUAAUGCCCGAACAGGAUAAAAAUAAGGAUUCCAGGGCGUCGUCGAAGCCUCAAGGAUACAAGAAGAAGUCGAGAAAGUCUCCGGGCGGUAGUCCGCACCCUUCGCCGUUGGAAGCACCGAUGGUCGAUCCGGCGCGUGAGGAUGUCCAAAGUCCAGCGUACUCGGAUAUUUCCGAUGACACGGCGCCUGUGUUGGAAGCGGAACCGGCGGACAAAUCGAAGCUGAGUCAGGAGAAAGACGGGAAAACACCCGCGACCGCGCACCUGCCCGCGCACUUUAGUAUGUAUCCGUACUACGGCCAGCCCCCUUAUCUUGUUCCAAAUGUGCCCGAGAGUAAACCGAUCGAUCAGAAACCGAGCGAUUUGACCCCAAAGCAGGAAAUCAAACCGCUGAAUAUACCGCAAAUGCCGACGAUGGCCAGUCUACAGAGUGUCGUCGCGGAGAAAGAAAAGAAGGAGUUGAGCCAGCCGGUGCCGCAGCCGCAACAGCAGCCUCAUUAUUACGGUGGUUACGGCGGCUACAUGCCUCCUGGCUAUCCUUAUCAACCGCCGCAGCCUGUGUCGCAGCAGCAGCAACAUCAGCAGCAGCAGCAACAGCAGCAGCAGCAGCAAGCGCAGGAGCAAGAGAUGCAUGAACAGAAGGCGAAGAUCAAGCAGGAGCCACAAUCACAGCAGCCUAGUUUGAAAGACAAGCAACACGAGAACCACCAAAUAUUGAAGGAGAGCAUCGAGAUGAAGAGUCAGAUGAGCCCAUAUCACGUGUAUCACAGCGGGCAGAGUCAAAGGGCAGCGCCGCCGCCUCCUCCACCUGGUCCGAUGCAGGACGAUCGAAGGUAUUACCUGUAUUCGACCGAUCAGAGGCGAAAGGAGGAAGUGAGCAAGCAGAGUCAACAGACGAAGCCGCCGCCACCAAGUCCGAAGCAUCAACCGAAACAGGAGAAGGCGCAGGACUUGGGGAAAAACGAAGACUCGAAGAACAAGCAAGAGGGCGUCAAGCCGACGAUGGAGACGCAAGGCCCACCGCCGCCGCCUACCUCGCAAUACGCUUACAUUCAUCCGGGGUACAUGCAGCCGCAACACUACGGCGCGUUACCCUUCGACCCUGGACAUCCCGUGUAUCGAGGGCUUAGUCCGAUGCUGGUGCCCGGACCUUACUCUGGUAAUCCAUACCUUCAUCAAUUGCCAAGGUAUCACGCGCCAGAGGACCUGAGCAGGCCACCGGGUGGCAAGGCCCUCGAUCUGCUCCAGCACCAUGCCAAUCAGUAUUAUUCGGCGCACAAGAUACACGAACUUCAGGAGCGUGCGCUGAAAUCGCCGACCCCGAAGACCUCCGCGGCUUCAGCUAGUCCAUCGUCCGCGGGGCCAACGCCCUCCCGGCCACCGAGCGGGCCGCCUAGCUCGGUGGCCGGUCCCGGACCACCGCAACCUCAGACCCAGCAACCGCAGACGAAGCAACAGAGCCAACCGGGCGGUCAACAGUCACAGCAACAGCAACAACCGGUCGACGCCGGAAGUGGAACUCUGACGAAGGAUAAUAGAUCGCCCCCGCCGCAGCGACACGUGCACACGCAUCAUCACACGCACGUCGGCCUAGGCUACCCCCUACUCACAGGACAAUACCCCGCCCCUUACGGAGCGGCAAUGCUGGCGAGUCAGCAGGCCGCCGCGGUAGCCGCAUCGGUGAUCUCGCCAUUCCCGCCCAAGUGACCCGCGGCCCCCGGUCCCGUACUAGCUGCCGGAACGACCGGACCCGCAUCCGCACAAACUCACCACACGUCUCAUCAUCCACCGCCAGUGAGCGGCGCGGCCGCCGCGGGACAUCCGCACCCUGCCGCCGCUGGCAGGCAACCUUAGGAUCGUCUCGGGAAACGAGAUAACCGAUUCAGAUAAUCCAAGUCUACUCUACCUCUGCUUCUACUUCGUUAAACGCGACGCACCAGAUGAACGUUCGGUCCACCAGAGAGGGAAAGAGAGUCCGCUACCAGGCAACCUUUGAAUCAUCCGCGGGAGCAACCGAUCAUUAGUAUUCGCUCCCAAUUUUUCUUUGUUAACGCAACGCACUGAAAAGAGAGUCCAAUUUGUAUUUAUCAGCUUACCAGCAGAACCCUGCCGUCUACCGUCAUCGUCAUCGUCGUCGUCCAAGAAUCAUUCGUUAACGCGCGAUCACCGCAUAAGGAAACACGUACGCCUUUCAACUUACCAUUCCGGUUUCUGCUUUCGUUUCUGGGCCAGGGGAAGUCACACAAACGUGUCGAAGCUAAUAAGAGAAGGACCGACUGGACAAUUCGCUUACCGCGUGCAUUUUAUUCUAUUAUUAGUUUUCAGUUCGUCGACAUAUACGCACAAUUUAUGCUAAAUUCUAAUAAAAUUCACGAAGGGAUCUCGACGCAAAAAGAUCACCAAUUGAGUAUCAAGAAUCUUCCAUUAACGAGUAAAUAAAAUUUUUCGCAAGUGUUUUGCACUAAUUAUUCCUUCCUUGAUACAAUCCUCGUCCACGAACUGUCGCGACUUCGGUCGAUGAGAACGACAAUGACGAUGACGGCGACACACCCGCAACUAUACGUAGGAAUAGAAUUAAUAUCCGAGGUGUUUGGACGCUUUUUCGUGCGCAAUCUAUGAACAAUUGUACAGUACGACGAUGGUUGUUGCGCUUAAAAAACGAUUCGCGACGGUCCGAUCCGUUGGAUGGGUGACUCCAAGCUCGCGAAACGUUGUUCUCGGUAUACUUAUAACAAAACUCAAGUGUUUGCGAAAACAGUGAAAGAACGAUUCUAAAGGGAAACCGCCGACGAACUACUGAACUUGAAAUAAGGGAAGCGUGCGCGCUCUGUGAGAUCUCGUUGCGUUAGACUGAUAAACGGCCGCGAAAAUCAUUGAUAUCGCGCGUAAUGAAAUAAAAUGAAAUAGUAACAGUACGGCCGUGCCACGAACCAAUUGCCCGAUUUUUCUCCGAUACAGAACAGAGCAAUCGAGGCGAACAUUUUUAUUCCACCUAGUGUUAAACGUAGAGAUGCAAAUUGUGCGAAUGGAAAAAAGAGAGGAAAUGGGAAACGCGUGUGCGAGCGUUUGUUUUCCGUGGACUCGUUGUGUAUAAUGCGAUUACCGAGUGUUCGGUCAGGAAAAUGUGUAUAGGGGAAUGAACAAAUUAUAAAUCGUUGUAUUUUAUUGUAAAAAGAUGAAAUGAGAGGGAGAGCGAAUGUCUGUGAGAGUACGAGCGCGAGAGCGAACGAGCGAGAGAGAGAGAGAGAGAGAGAGAGAAAGAGUGAGAGGAAGGUUGCUGCUAACCAGAGAUAUUGACAUUUUUCUAGAGAAAAAUUUUGCGUGACUCGCGGAACGAUACGUUUCUUAGGACAAUUCGAUAUUAACUCUACCAUUUUAAAAUAAAGUUUAAGACCGAACGGAGCUGGCUUAUGAUAUCAAACAAACACGAAGGAGAUUUUCAAGACCGUAAGCGUAAAAUAAAAAGAAAUCAUAAUAAUUCUAAAUAAUGAUAAUGCGAUCGUAAGUGAAAUGUACAUUGAAUACGCUAGAAUAAUAUUUGUUUACUAAAAAUUAAUGGUAGUAGCGUUGCGCAAAAUUAAGUAGAUAAACGAGUGCGUGUGCCUGUGCGUAUAUACCUGUUGUGCGUCCAGGAUGGAGAGAACGAGAGAGAGAGAGAGACAGAGAGUACGCGAGAGAGCGAGAGGGAUGUGAAGUGUGAAGUAAUUAAGGAAGGAGACGACAGGACGGAUAAAACUAAUUAACGAGAAAGGGAGAAGGCUAUUAGGUAUAUACAUAUAUUAUAAAAAUAUACAUAUAUGCGCCACGGUGAUACAUACGCGCAUCGUAUCCUGGCGGCUACCUAACGUUAGUUCAGUGACGAUUAUCAUUGUAUCUUUUAUUACGAUUAUUCAUUAAGUAAUUAUCGGUUCCAUUAUUUUAUUAUUGUAUCGUCGAUGAGAGGGGCGAAAAGUGGCGAGUGUUGUAAUCAGGAACGAUUGGUAAAACGCAUUGCCAAGAAUCCGAAAAAUCUAUUAAAUAAAAAAUAGUUUUAUCGUGCCGUGCGUAGUGUUGCAAAUGCCAAAUAAAAAGAAACAGAUCAAGGCGUGGUUUUUUAAUUCGAAACACAAAACAACGGCGAUAUUCGUUUAGUAGAGUGAAUGAAAGAAGAGAACUGGGGGGGAAUGUAUGUGCGCGUGUAUGAGAGAAAGGGAGAGUGAAAAUGAGGGAGGAAUGCGCGGGGGAUCGUCGUCUCAGUUUUAAUGAGGCGCGUUCGAAGGAGAAUCGGGCGGGCUUUAAGAGAAACAAAAAGUAAAAAUGCUGGUGCUGUGCUGUGAUUUUUAUAAAAAAUAAAAAGAAAAAACAGUGGGAGAGAAAGAGAGAACAGACGAGGCGGGAAAUCUGAAUUAAGAAAGAGAAUGAAGCCGAAGAUCUUGAUGAAAAUUUUUGUGAAAAUAUACAGAUAGCCUAAGUACCUGGACCAGCCCUGCGCUCUCCACUAAAUGAGUAAAUACGAGUAGAGAAUAUUACAGGAAAAAAAAGAGAAGAACGAAAGGACUAAAAAAUGAGAAAAGCGAGAAACAUGAUUGAAAAAAGGAAUCGAACGAACGAACAAAGGGAGUGGGAAACGAACACGUACGGAUUGUAUAGGCUGUAAAGUGUAUUUGCUUUUAAAAAAAAGAGAAAAAAAAACGAAAAAUUUAAUAUAAGUCUUUAAUCGCUGACUGCGCGAGGAAAAGAAACGAGCUGUCUCCAAUCGUCAAGUAACAUACGUUCGUAUAUCGCAAUUUCCCAUUUUCGUAAGGAUCACCCUCUUGUAACCAUUGUCUCGUUGUCUAUUUGAAUCAUAGCAGCGCAAGAAAGGAACCCUCUUUUGCAGCCAAUAAAUUUACCAUUGUAUCACGAGAAACGAUAACGUUUUAAUCCAGACGCUUCCCCCUUUUUAUUUCAACGAUCCUUUAACGACAUCUCGAUUAUCGCUUAUCGAUUAGACUUCCUAUUCUGUCCUCUUUUUUUUUUUAAUAAAUCAGAAACGAAUGUAAUUAGCAAUUGGAGACAAUCUCUGACUAAGGAUAUAUUCUAGCGAGUACUAAGUAUUUGCCACGAUGUUGCAUAAUCCAUUGCGAGAAUCCUGAGUAAAAUUUAAAGACACAAAGAAACGACAACAUAAAAGAUGGACUGAGAUACAAAGUAACAUAAUUAAACAAGGACCCGUAUUCUCGUCUCCUUUUUUUUAGACUUAUAAAAAUAGUGAGUCGUUACGCUUUAUAUAUUAUACACUUCGAAUAUAAUGAAUAUACGAGUAACAGUACGUACUGAAGCAAAUACAGAAAACGCAGGCAUCUUGUCGUUAAAUUGUAAGAUAUUGUGUUCAAACUCCAGAAUGUACUCUGAACCCCUUCCUCAGACUACUAUAUAUUAAAUAUAUUGUGCACUAUGCUCCAACUUGUCCAUACGAAUAAAUAUAUUGAAAAAUCUUA